UUUGGUUCAGUCACACACCCUGUCAGUGAUCAAUCUUCACUCUCAUUCCAUCGUUCUUUCUUGAUACAAAACUCAUGGCCAAAGACCCAGUUCGUGUUCUUGUCACCGGUGCUGCAGGACAAAUCGGGUAUGCUCUUGUCCCUAUGAUUGCUAGGGGAGUGAUGCUGGGCCCUGAUCAGCCUGUGAUCCUCCACAUGCUUGACAUUCCACCUGCGGCGGAGUCGCUGAAUGGCGUUAAAAUGGAGUUGGUGGAUGCUGCAUUCCCUCUUCUCAAAGGUGUUGUUGCUACAACUGAUGCUGUUGAGGCUUGCACUGGGGUCAAUAUUGCUGUAAUGGUUGGGGGGUUCCCUAGAAAAGAAGGUAUGGAGAGGAAAGAUGUGAUGUCGAAAAAUGUCUCUAUUUAUAAAUCCCAGGCUUCUGCUCUUGAAAAGCAUGCUGCUGCAAACUGCAAGGUUCUGGUUGUUGCUAACCCAGCAAACACUAAUGCAUUGAUCUUGAAGGAAUUUGCUCCAUCCAUACCUGAGAAAAACAUUACUUGUUUGACUAGACUAGAUCAUAACAGGGCACUGGGUCAAAUUUCUGAAAGACUGAGCAUUCAAGUUUCUGAUGUAAAAAAUGUUAUAAUUUGGGGCAAUCAUUCAUCAACUCAGUAUCCUGAAGUCAACCAUGCAACUAUUGUAACCCCUGCUGGGGAAAAAUCUGUCCGUGAACUUGUUGCUGAUGAUGCCUGGUUGAAUUCAGAAUUCAUAACUACCGUUCAACAAAGGGGUGCUGCAAUUAUUAAAGCUAGAAAGCUUUCAAGUGCACUAUCUGCUGCUAGUGCUGCCUGUGACCACAUUAGAGAUUGGGUUCUCGGAACUCCUGAGGGAACUUGGGUAUCAAUGGGAGUUUACUCUGAUGGAUCUUACAAUGUGCCAGCUGGACUGAUCUAUUCAUUUCCUGUCACUUGUCACGACGGGGAAUGGAAAAUAGUUCAAGGACUUCCAAUUGAUGAGUUCUCUAGGAAAAAAUUGGAUUUGACAGCAGAAGAGCUUUCUGAGGAGAAGGCUUUGGCUUACUCAUGCCUCUCGUAGAGUGCUUGUUUCUUUCCAAAGUGUCAUUGCAGGUUCCCUUGUUAUAUAUAUUCAAUUUUGAAUAACGCUCCUAAGCUACAGAUAAACCGUUGAUUAAUGGCUUACUUUUUACAUGAGAUACUUGUAAUGUCUAAUCCCUUCUAUGAGGAUAUUUGAGCUUUUAUAUCUUUAUGCAUGAUAAUAUAAAUAGGCCACUGGCUGCGCAUUCAGCGGGGCUAGGCCUAACUUUAGUUGCACAAAUUGCCAUUCCAGGACUUCAUUUUCUUUUUUUGGUGUGUAGUGUUUGCGUUCGUUUUUAAUUUCUGAUGUAUUUGGAAAUGCACGGGUUUGGCUGUAUUUUUUGCUCCUAAAAUUACAUUUCACAAGAGGAAAAAUAUCAUAGUCAAUAUUGAAAGUAAUUAAAUCUUUCGUGACUAUGACACUCUUCUG